CCCAAUGUAUUGGGAUACUUGAAAUUUCUUUGCGUAUAUUUACAAUUUACAUAACAUUAAAAUGGAAUUAAGUUUUUAUUUUUCAUGUCUGUGUAUUUUUGUUUCUGUUAUAUAUGGACAACCAGCAGAUGUUUUACCAGCGAAAUGUGCAGGCAUCCAGUGUUCACCCCCGAAUUGUGCAGACACCUAUAUUCCAGAAGGGGAAUGCUGUCCUACUUGUCCUGGACCAGGAAGAUCAUGUAUGUAUCUUGGAAGAAGGUAUAGGGACGAAGAAAGCUUUAAACAAGAGUGUAAUACAUGUACGUGUAAUGAUGGAAAUGUUGGAUGUACAAAGAAGAAAUGCCCUGGGAGUAAACGAGGUAGAUGCCCACCCCCAAAACGCAUUGGUAUAUGUGUGGAUUUGUGUGCCAAUGACAAAAGCUGUCCACGCAGACAAAAAUGUUGCAGUAAUGGUUGCGGCCAUACCUGUCAAAGGCCGAUAAAAGAAGGAAAGCAAUGCACGUACAAAGGUGUUACGUACCAAGAUGGCGAAAGCUUUAAAGAUGAAUGUAACGACUGUAACUGUGAAAAUGGAGUCACUGGAUGUACAAAAAAGGCGUGCCCCGGCAAACCAGGUAGUUGUCCAAAGCCUGUUGGAGGCGGUAUUUGCGUUGAGAUGUGUUCCUCUGACUACAGUUGUCCUGGAGGCGAAAAGUGUUGCAGCAAUGGGUGUGGUCAAACUUGUAUGAAACCAAUAAGUGGUGGAAGACAAUGUGUGCACAAAGGUUCAUUCUAUCAAGAUGGUGAAAGUUUUAAAGAUGAAUGUAACACGUGUACUUGUACUGAUGGAAAGGCUGCAUGUACAUUAAUGGCAUGCCCUGGGAAACCGGGUACAUGCCCGAUACCUAUCGAUGCAGGUGGUGUCGGUGGCGGUAUCUGCAUGGAUAGCUGCUCCACCGACUACAAUUGUCCUAGCAAUGAGAAGUGUUGCAGCAGUGGAUGUGGCAAAACGUGUAUGCAACCAGCAGAUGCUGGCAGACCAGGACAAUGCCCAAAGCCUAUCGAAUUAGGUGGUGGUGUUUGUGUGGACACCUGUACUGAUGACUACAAUUGUUCUGUCGGAGAAAAGUGCUGCGGCAAUGGGUAUUGCAAAAAUUGUAUGAUUGCUAUAGAUAGUGGAGGACAAUGUGUGCAUAAAGGAAAAACAUAUCAAGAUGGUGAAACCUUUAUGGAUGAAUGUAAUACGUGUAACUGUAACAAUGGAGUAGCUGGAUGUACACGAAUGGCAUGCCCUGGCAGACCAGGAACUUGCCCAGUACCUAUGGUUGAUAGCGGUGGUAUUUGCGUUGAUACAUGUGACUCUGACUACAAUUGUCCGGCUGGUGAAAAGUGCUGUAGCAAUGGAUGUGGCCGAACUUGUAUGAAACCAGCAUAUGAUGGAGGACAGUGUGUGCAUAAAGGAAAAACAUAUCAAGAUGGUGAAACCUUUAUGGAUGAAUGUAAUACGUGUAACUGUAACAGUGGUAAAGCUGGAUGUACACGAAUGGCAUGCCCUGGCACACCAGGAAGGUGCCCGAAGCCUGUCGGAGGUGUUGUUGGUAUUUGCGUUGAUUCAUGUAGCUCUGACUACGAUUGUCCGACUGGUGAAAAGUGUUGCAGCAACGGGUGUGGCCAAACUUGUAUGAAACCAAUUGAUGGGGGAGGACAAUGUGUGCAUAAAGGAAAAACAUAUCAAGAUGGCGAAACUUUUAUGGAUGAAUGUAAUACGUGUAACUGUAACAAUGGAGUAGCCGGAUGUACACGAAUGGCAUGCCCUGGCACACCAGGAAGGUGCCCGAAGCCUGUCGGAGGUGUUGUUGGUAUUUGCGUUGAUUCAUGUAGCUCUGACUACGAUUGUCCGACUGGUGAAAAGUGUUGCAGCAACGGGUGUGGCCAAACUUGUAUGAAACCAAUUGAUGGGGGAGGACAAUGUGUGCAUAAAGGAAAAACAUAUCAAGAUGGCGAAACUUUUAUGGAUGAAUGUAAUAGGUGUAACUGUAACAAUGGAGUAGCCGGAUGUACACGAAUGGCAUGCCCUGGCACACCAGGAAGGUGCCCGAAGCCUGUCGGAGGUGUUGUUGGUAUUUGCGUUGAUUCAUGUAGCUCUGACUACGAUUGUCCGACUGGUGAAAAGUGUUGCAGCAACGGGUGUGGCCAAACUUGUAUGAAACCAAUUGAUGGGGGAGGACAAUGUGUGCAUAAAGGGAAAACAUAUCAAGAUGGCGAAACAUUUAUGGAUGAAUGUAAUAGGUGUAACUGUAACAAUGGAGUAGCCGGAUGUACACGAAUGGCAUGCCCUGGCACACCAGGAAGGUGCCCGAAGCCUGUCGGAGGUGUUGUUGGUAUUUGCGUUGAUUCAUGUAGCUCUGACUACGAUUGUCCGACUGGUGAAAAGUGUUGCAGCAACGGGUGUGGCCAAACUUGUAUGAAACCAAUUGAUGGGGGAAAACCAUGUUUUCACAAAGGACAAAGGUAUGAAGAUGGAGUUAGUUUCAAAGAUGAAUGCAACACGUGUAACUGUGAAAAUGGAAUUGCGGCAUGUACACAGAUGGCAUGCACUGGAAAACCAGGAAGAUGUCCAAAGCCUAUCGGGACUGGUGGCGCUAUGUGCAUAGCCAGCUGCAUCUCUGACUACAGUUGUCCUGCCGACGAAAAAUGCUGCGACGAUGGGUUCUGCCAAACUUGCAUGAAACCAAUAGAUAGUGGGAAAUCAUGUUUCCAUAAUGGGAAGGAAUAUCCAGAUGGUGAGAGUUUUAUGGACGACUGCAAUACGUGUAGGUGUAUCAAUGGAAAUGCUGGAUGUACAAGAAUGGCGUGUCCUGGUAGACCUGGAACUUGUCCAGUACCUAUGGUUGGUAGUGGCAGUGUUUGUGUUGACGAAUGCAACUCUGACUACGAGUGUCCUACUGGACAAAAGUGUUGCAACAACGGGUACUGUCAAGCUUGUAUGAAACCAGCAUAUGGUGGAAAACCAUGUUUUCACAAAGGAAAAAGGUAUGAAGAUGGUGUUAAUUUCAAAGAUGAAUGCAACACGUGUAACUGUGAAAAUGGAAUUGCGGCAUGUACACAGAUGGCAUGCACUGGAAAACCAGGAAGAUGUCCAAAGCCUAUCGGGACUGGUGGCGCCAUGUGCAUAGCCACCUGCACCUCUGACUACAGUUGUCCUGCCGACGAAAAGUGCUGCGACGAUGGGUUCUGUCAAACUUGUAUGAAACCAAUAGAUGGUGGGAAGUCAUGUUUUCAUAAUGGUAAUGAGUACCUAGACGGUGAGAGUUUCAUGGACGACUGCAAUACGUGUAGGUGUAUCAAUGGAAAUGCUGGAUGUACAAGAAUGGCGUGUCCAAAGAAAGAUUGCAUCUACAAUGGAAAUACGUACAGAGAUGGUGAAAAGUUCAAUGACAAAUGUAACGAAUGUGUCUGUGUAAACGGAAAUGCUAAAUGCACAUAUAAGUCUUGUCCCGAGGAAAAACCUGGAAGAUGCCCGCCUGCAAUGUCAGUUGGUAGUUGUGUGCAUAUAUGUACGACCGAUUGGAGUUGUAGUGGUAGACAAAAAUGCUGUAGCAAUGGGUGUGGCACGUUAUGUAUGCCACCUACCAACGGAGGAAGAUCUUGCUACAGUAAUGGUAGAACCUAUAGUGACGGAGAAACUUUUAAAGAUGAUUGUAACACCUGCACAUGUACUGACGGAAAGGCUGCGUGUACUUUAAUGGCAUGCCCGGGAAAACCGUGUAUGUAUAACGGAAGAAGGUACAGAGAUGGCGAACAGUUUAAACAGGACUGUAACACGUGUACGUGUAGUGACGGUCAAGCCGCGUGCACACAAAUGGCAUGUUAUGAUGAAAGACCGGGUCAGUGUCCUGCGCCUGUUGGAACCGGUUACUGUAUACACAGAUGUACAACUGACUUAAGUUGUGAAAGGGGGAAGAAAUGUUGCAGUAAUGGAUGUGGUACCGAGUGCAUGCUGCCUGUCAUUGGAGGAGGAUGUAUUCACAAUGGUGUUAAGUACAGGGAUGGUGAAACUUUUAAGGAUGACUGUAACACGUGUAAAUGCUCUGGCGGGAAAGCUGCAUGUACAUUGAUGGCUUGUCCGAAAGAUAAACCAGGCACAUGUCCAGCACCCAUUGGGGACCUUAGUAAUUGCGUAGAUGAAUGUAGCGACGAUUUCAGUUGUACCGGAGUACAGAAAUGUUGCAGCAAUGGUUGUGCUAGAGUCUGCACAAUGCCAGAAAGUUCAGGAAAACCAUGUUUUGCUAAUAAUGGAACAAGGUAUGAACACGGAGAAACUUUUAAGGACGAGUGCAAUACGUGCACCUGUAGGAAUGGAAAUGCUGCGUGCACGCUAAUGGCUUGUCCAAACAGACCAUGUUACCAUGAGGGAAGGUUUCUCCCCCACGGCGACAGUUUCAAGGACGAAUGCAACACAUGUGUUUGUACGAAUGGAAGGCUAGCAUGUACUUACAUGACUUGUGGAAAAUCGUGCGUGCACAAUGGGAAAACUUACGAGGAUGGUAAAGGAUUUAAAGACAGCUGUAACACAUGUCUUUGUAGAAACGGAACUGUUAGCUGUACACUUCUGGACUGCUCCGGUGCCAAACCAGGCACCUGUCCGCGUCGUCAGCUUUUCCAGCCAUGUAACAACCGAUGUUACAAUGACAGAGGAUGCCAGGGAAAUAAAAAAUGCUGUAGUAACUGGUGUGGUUAUACCUGUAUGAAUCCCGUAGGGGGAGACAAUUGUGCUAGUGUAACAUGCCCGACAAUAGAAUGUACCGAACCAAAUAAACCACAUACCCUUCCUGGUUACUGUUGUCCAGUCUGCCGACCACCAAUUGGUACGAAACCUGGCAGUUGCCCACGUCGGCCUAGUGGAUGGUUAUGUAAAGAUCUGUGCCGGUCAGAUUUCAAUUGUCCUGGCCAGCAGAAAUGCUGUAGUCAUAGAUGCGGCAAGUCCUGUGAGCGGCCAAGGUUUGAUCGCUGUGCGGAUAUAUCAUGUCCCCCACUGAGAUGCAUGCGUCAGUUUAGACCUCCUGGUCGGUGCUGUCCAGUUUGCCGCCGAGGACGAGGACGGGAUUAGUUUGAGGAAACAAUAGUAUUUGAUAGGAAAACGGCGCCAACCUGCCACAGCGGAACAAAAAGAAAUUCUAAUUUAAAAAUAGAUGCCGUAAAAGCAACCAUACACAAAUUGCUUCUUUUUAGAAGUUAGCAUUAACAUGUGUAAUGUCUUUCCAUAUUUUUCAAAAUUGUAUAUACAAGAUGGUUAACCUGUUUACUGUUCAAUUAUUCACUUACAAAUAUAUGUGUGAAUGCUAUUAAAUUGACUGUUUAUAAAACCUUUUAAAGUUUUUUUUAAAUGAAAAUAACGUAUUUUGUGAAGUUUCGGAUAGGUGAUCGUAGGAUGUAAUCAACUUCCGAUACCGAUGUGUGAUCGUAAGCUGUAAUCAACUGUAUCAACUGUUUCUAUACGUUUUUGAUAACCGUAUAUGAUCGUAAUAUGUAAUCAACUGUUCUCUGUUAUGUUGUUAAUAAAUAUUGACAUGAAGGUAAAGAAAACUUUACUGAGAUAGUUGACAUUCCAUUGAUUAUUCUUAUGUCAUUUUUAAGCUAGCUUGAUGUUAGUAUUUUUGUUAAUCUUGUUUAAAACCAACAGUGAAAACUUAUUUAUUGUCUUUAAUGGUAAUGUAUUGCUUUUCUCUAAAAGUUAGUUUUACUUAAAAUGUGACUUUAAGUUAAAAGUAAUCUUAAAUACAUCUAUAAGAAAGAAACCAUUCUGUAAACAUACAAAGCAAUGCAUCAAAUUUGAUUCAAAUUAUCUGAAUCUGAUCACGAGUGCAACACGUUUCAGCACCUAGAACCGGCCUCAGCGGCACGCCGUAAUACAGAUACAUUGAACUGGCCCUAAUACCCCGAACGGACAAUUAUUACAACAAAACUUGGUCCAAGUAUGGGAUGCUUUGCCUUCUGAUGGUACUAUGAAAGGCAGCUGUUGUGUAUAGAAGACUGUUAGGCAAUAAGCAUGGCACAUCGGCCGUGGUGGUUAAUAAAGUUACUGUGUUUUUACCGGCAUAGAAAUAAUCUAGAUUUAUGUAAAUGUUUUAUGUUGUUGGUUUUUUUUCGCUUAUUUGAAUGUCAGUUGUCAUUUUUAUGUAUACAGAAUAACGAUAUGAAAUUAUUAUCGGGAUGUAUUCAUUUGAAAAUGUUCAUUACUAGGGAAAUUAUUUACUUCAUGCAAUAAUUUUCAUAUUAAUGUCAUUUCACAAGUUGUACAUAUGUAAGUACGUACUUUUUUGUUCACAACUGAAACAAUCCUACAUACAUGUAAGGAAAUGGCAUAUCAUUAUAUAAUUUCUGGAUGGUUUGAUAUCAAUAUAUUAAUUAAAGUCUGGAAAUAAAGUAAACGCUUUCCUAAUA